AGCAAAACAGGUCAGAUGAGAAUGAUAUAAUUCUCUUUAGGUUUCUACACUGGAUCCUAAAAAUGAGUAUCUCUGCCCUCUGUCUACUUAGCAGCUUUGGCUUUGGCAUCCUUGCCCAAGCACAGCAGUGUCCCAAGCCUCCUGGGGGGCAGAAUAUGAAUCUGGAGAAUGAGUAUAUUUCAAAGGAUACAUUUGAGGAUGGUUCUACUGUGUCUUUUGCUUGUAAUGUCGGCUACACACCUGCAAAAGGAUCACCAAUCAUCAACUGUAACAAGGGCACAUGGAGCCCUGUUACGCUGACUUGCAAGAGGAAGAACUGUGGACCUGUUGAAGAUAAACCUAAUAUGAUAGUUGAAUAUCCUGAUGAGACACUGUUUGGGGAUAAAGCAUUGAUCAGCUGUAAAACAGGAUACAAUCUAGUUGGUAACCGUGAAGUCAAAUGUGAAUCGUCAGGGUGGACAGGAAGGUUGCCUGAAUGUGAAGUAAUUAGGUGUCUCCAGACAGUGGAUAUUGCAAAUGGUAAAGUCGAAAGUCCACAGAAAGAAGAGUAUGAAUAUGGAGAAGUUGUGCAAUACUCCUGUGACAAUGACUAUGCCCUCAUCGGAUCGAGUUCUUUAACCUGUGGAGAAAAUGGGAAGUUUGAACCCCCAACAUCAUCUUCUCCUCCGUCAUGCGUCUUGGUUCAGUGUCAAGAACCCCAGAUUACAAAUGGGGAAUAUCUGGAAGGAGCUCGACCUCCUUAUAAGUACAAGUCUACUGUGACAUACAAAUGCAAACAAGGAUACAAGAUGAAAGGAUCACAAAGGCUGACCUGCAAUGAAAAAAGCGAGUGGUCACCGGGAAUUCCACAAUGCAUCAGCAGUGGAAAUACUCUUGUGGGAGGAUUGAUUGCUGGACUUGUAAGCAUCACUGUCCUGCUGCUUCAAAAUUACUACCGGUAGAUAUGACCGUUUCUCAGGAUGAAGACUGGCCUCCAUCUACACUGGGAAUGUGCCUGUCCUUAAUGCUCUGAUGUUAUGGCAAUCUGAGACGGAAGCAGAUGAAACUGUUUCCUGCUUAUUGUGUCUUUCUAAAGCAAAAGCAAACAUAAUCACUUUCUGUUUGAACGUUACUUGCCUGGUCGUUAUAAAACUGCAUUGGUUCUAAACGUAAGCAGUGCCACGCGCUUUGGCCUUUGUAGAUGCAUUCACAGGUUGUACCAAAGUAAGCAAACAAUAAGAUGUUUGAACUAGUUACUCUUUUUUAUGUAUAUGUUGCAAAAGUAUAGGUUAAGAAAAAAGUCAAACAGGAUUUUUAUGAUUUUAGUUUGAAACUUGUCAAAGUGAGAAAAUGGUUGCAAAGAAAUUUCCUUUUGCAGAAAUUCUAUAAGUCGAUAACAAUAAAGGAAAUGGCUAAUUUCACAGUAAGGUAUUGCAUUGAUAAAAGUUGAUCAGCCAACCAGUAUUACAGGUCCAGACUGCAUAAAAAUGUAGGAUC